CACUGAAGCCCUGUCUCUCUCUGCUUUCUCCUCUGACCCUCCUCCAAUUAAUCUGACCGCGUGUAAACCUCGGCGGCUUAGUAUUGUGCAAUUUUCACGUCUCCCUCGCCCUCCCACCCAGCCCCCUCCCCACAAAUUCACGGGAACUCCCGUUACCGCAGUGCCACCGGCAUUACUCAUUCAUCCCCAUUCAGGCUUUCCCCAGCAUUUAUUACGGGCUCUCGCCUUCUGCCUCUCACUCUCACUCUCACGCUCUGCUCAGGCUCAGUUCACCAGAGAGCCUCCUGCCUCGUCCCCUCCCGCCAUCGGCGCAAAGAACUUCGUCCCUCCAGCAAUGCGUCUCCCUGUGAUUGUCUUCUGUGCUCUCUGCUCUGCUGUGUUGGCCGAGAACUCGGACGAUUACGAUCUCAUGUACGUGAAUUUGGACAACGAAAUAGACAAUGGACUCCAUCCCACCGAGGACCCCGUGCCAUGCGACUGCCGUCGGGAGCACACCGAGUGGGACAAGCUCUUCAUCAUGCUGGAGAACUCGCAGAUGAGGGGGAGCAUGCUGCUGCAGGCCAUGGACGACGUCCUCCGGGGUGAGCUGCAGCGGCUGCAUGCGGAGCUGGGCCGGCUGGCGGGCAGCCUGGCGAGGCCAUGCACCCCGGCUGCCCCAGCAGAGGCCAGACUGGCCCGGGCGCUGGACGAGCUGCUGCAAGCGAGCCGGGACGUCGGGCGCAGGCUGGACCGCCUGGAGAGCGCCGAGGCUCAGCGCCCGGAGGAGGAGGCGGGGCGCGUCCUGGGCUCAGUGCUGGAGGAGCUUCGGCAGACGAGGGCCGAUCUGCGCGUUGUGCAAGGCUGGGUGGCCCAACGGAGGCUGCCGGCAGGUUGUGAGAUGGCAAUUUUAUUCCCAAUGCGUUCCAAGAAGAUUUUUGGAAGCGUGCAUCUGGUGAGGCCAAUGAAGCUUGAGUCUUUAAGUGCCUGCAUUUGGGUCAAAGCCACAGAAGUACUAAACAAAACCAUCCUGUUUUCCUAUGGCACAAAGAGGAAUCCAUAUGAGAUUCAGCUGUACCUCAGCUCUCAGUCCAUAGUGUUUGUGGUGGGUGGAGAGGAGAACAAACUGACUGCUGAUACUGUGGUUUCUCCGGGGAGGUGGACCCACCUGUGUAGCACCUGGAAUUCAGAGAAAGGGCACAUGUCUUUGUGGGUAGAUGGUGAACUGGUAGCUACCACUGAAAGGAUGGCCACAGGUCAUGUUGUCCCUGAGGGAGGAAUCCUGCAGAUUGGCCAAGAAAAGAAUGGCUGCUGUGUGGGCGGUGGCUUUGAUGAAACACUAGCCUUUUCUGGAAGGCUCACUGGCUUCAAUAUCUGGGACCAUGUUCUCAGCAAUGAAGAGAUAAGAGAGACAGGAAGCGUGCAGUCUUGUCACAUCCGGGGAAACGUUGUUGGGUGGGGAGUCACAGAGAUUCAGCCACAUGGAGGAGCUCAGUAUGUCUCAUAAGAACUGUGAAACUCUGGGGCCAGCAGGUAGUGUAGUGGUUAAGGUGCUGGGACUCCUAUGUGGUCAACUAUGGUUCAAGUCCCAGACCUGGUGGCUUGAAACACACUGGGUUCGUGUGCGUACGUGUCCAAGAU